GUAGCUUGCAGUUACAACGAACAAUAAUUAGAUUCUAGAUUAGAGUUAGAGUCUAUAUAAGUUAUAAUUAUAGUAUAUCUAGACAGAAUCUAGAUGUAGAACAAUAAUGAAAUAGUUAAAGUUAAAUAAUUUAUUGUAUUACUAGAUCUAUAAAUUAAAUAACAAUAAUUUAUAAAAAAAUCCAAUCUUCACAGUGAGUGACACACUGCCUCUGAGUGGUCAGAGUGGAGUGAGUCUUCAAACUAGAUUACUAGAUCUACUAGCAUCUAGACUAGUAGCUAAGUAGUAGUUACUAGAUCUAGUUCAAACUUCAGAGAAGUUGAGACUGAGUAACUUCACUGGACUUCACGACUUCAAGUUUUCAGUGUAACAGAUAGACAUGAUUGUUCAGGUAGACUUUGAGGCCACCAGCAACUUGGUUUCGAAGCUAGCUCAGAUGCAGGAACAAGGGAAAUACUGUGACUUCUCUAUUUUUGUUUAUGACCAUGAGAUCAAAGCACACAAAUGUGUUCUUGCAGCAUGCUGUGAAUACUUUCAAACCAGUUUCAACUUUGACCAAUCCUCUGAGCCAUUUAGCAUCGACCUGACACAUGUAGGCUGUGAGCCAAAGUACGUUGAGAUGGUCAUACGCAGCUUCUACACCAAUGAAAUAGAUCUGGAUACCAGCUACCUAGACAGUGUGCUGAAACUGGUGGAUUACUUUAUGUGUGACAGCCUGCGCAGAUGUGUUGAGACAUACAUGGUUAACACCUUAAAUUUUUACACUGCUGUAGCCUACUUUCAGCUUUCUGUGCAGUAUAACUUAAAUUCUAAGAAACUCCUCAGCUCAACAAAGUGGUUGCUAUGGUAUCGCUUUCACGAUUAUUUUAUCUACCAGCCAGAACUUCUGGAAUCUAGUGCAGAAGUCGUGGAUGCACUUCUAAAGUACAACAUACUACAUCACAGUAAUCCAGUCCAUGUACUUGAUUUUUUCUUGAAGAAUGUUCAAGUGAGACUAACAAGAUUACUGGACAUGAACCUACAGGAAGGUCUGAAGAGGGAAAUCCAAUACAAACUGAGUCAUUCUUUCCACAGUGUGAAGUAUUGGCUUGACAGCAUGGUCGAUGUCCCCUUGGACAAGUGGAGAAGCUUAUUGCUGGACUCUGUCAGGGCGUGGAAAAACACUCAAGAGAACAGCAGCCUGCAGGCAAUGAUCUGUUUGGUGAACUGGGUAGAAAACAGGCUACAAGGUUUGGUUGAUAAAGAAUCUCAAGUUUGUGCUGACAGAGAAGAGUGUUGUGUAUGCCAUCAUGAAACCAAAUGCAGUAGACAGUCAUGCAAAACUGUGCCUGAUGAAGACACUAACUCUGCUGGCAAGGAUAGAGUACUUCCCGCUACAGGCACUCAAAGUCCAGUCCAGGAAAUAAAUGGUUCUGUCGAUCUACAUAGGUCAGGCACUACAGUACAAAGUUUGAACGCAGACCAAAGCUCAUUGACCAGAGAGAGCACCCCAUUGACAUCUAACGACUCUCCAAGUUUAAAUAACUUAACAACUCAGUCUUGUCUACCAAAAUCAAUGGAGUUGCUUUCAGGAAGUCAUCGUCUGAGCAAUAUACUUGUUGUGUUGGCACCUUCAGGAAAGAUGGCUUCUCAAUUAAUGGCCAUUGAAGCUGAAAAAGGUAAUUCGAGGCCAUUGUUAAAGUUGCCACAAUUAGAUUUGGCUUUUUAUGACAUAGAAAUGAAAACCUGGCGACAAGUAUGCCAAAUUGACUUCCCCAUUACAGGAGUUAUGCUAGAAAAACAUUCCUGGAGAAUGGCCUUUUGGAAUGAUUGCGUUUAUCUUUUUAGUGUUCAUAAGGCAAGUGCAUUGGAGUUUCGUCUUUCUGACAGACAGUGGCAUCACCUUGAUGGAGAAAAAUUAUUUAUGGACCACAACGAUUGUCCUGUCAAAAGCGUGGUCCCAAUAGUUGUAGGCAGCAGACUCAUUGUGCUGUCGAUGAGUCGCAAGCUCAUGCCAUGUCGUUCUUUCUACACGGUGCAAAAUUUUUACGAGCUGAAUCCUACGUUGAAAACUUUCACAUUGGUAGCAUCAGUUAAAAAUAGCCACCUCGAUGAACCCAUCACAAAGUGGACAGUCAACGGAGAUACUCUAAUCACUGUAAAGGCUAGCUCAAUGAUGCUCAAAAAGUUCAUCUCAGUCCAGUUUGUCAAUAUCUAUAAUGCCGAGACAAGGUCUAGUGAUGCCUUUGAAAUUGACUGUACUAUAGAGUCAGGGGUCAACGUCUUGACUAAAGGAGACAUCCUUUUUUUGCUGGACAAGGAAGGUUGGUGCAGGUCCUACGACCUGAAAACUUCAACAGGGCUUGGAUUUAGCCGACACCCAGAGUGUAAAAUCGUAGGCUCUAUGAAAGCUCUCUUCGCUGAUGAUGUUUACCCUGCUCUGACACGGGUCACCUGCCAAGCCGGAAGCUCUCGGUGGGAGAUCACUACGAAUAAAACGGCUGUUAAUGCAUGUGUGAAAGAAAACUAUGUUGAUGAUGAAAAUAAAAUCAAAGUGCUCUUCCAUCCUAACCCCCCAUUUCAGUUUAUGACUGCCAUGUGUCCAGGCCAGAUGCAGCGGCAGCAUUUAGAUCAGUUUGGUUUUCCCAUCUUUAAUUUUGUCGACAACAGAAUGCUCAACUUUUCUAUCACCAAUAGGGACUAACUGUGCCGCUGUGACUUCUAUAAAUAGACUUUGUUGCUCGUUUGUGUCACUGACACAAGUGACCUCUUUGCAUAUAUGUGAUAUAUAUGUGAUAAAUGAUCUCCACUGGUGUUAUUAUGUAGAUACAUAAACAAGUUAGUCUCACUGACCUAAUUGACCUCUCUACAUAAAUGUGUUGCCAUGACCUCUACAUAAGUGUGAUUCAUAAACAAGUCUUUGACCUAACUGACCUCUGCAUAAAUGUGUUGCUGUGACCUCCACUGAAGUUUUUGUGUGUGAUACACAAACUUGCCAGUCACUGACCUAAUUAAUCUCUCUACAUAAAUGUGCAGCCACUCCAACUUUUAUGUAUGAUUGAGUGAACCUGUCAUUAACUUUUAUGACCUCCACAUAAAUGUGUUGCAAUGACCUCUGCUGCAGUUCUGUAUGUGAUGCAUAUAUGUCACUGACCUGAUUGCCUUUAUUCGGGUCUCUAGGAGACUUGAUAAUGUGAUAUUCAGGAUGUAGUCCUCUUGGGAAUCAAAGACAUUGCCCUAAUGUCAAGAAAUCUUUGCCGAGGAAAGAUUGCAAGCUAACUUUUUAAUCAUUCCAUGAAAUUUCACUUUUAAUUUGUAUGCAAAUUACAAAAUUUAAAUUGUUCCCCUUUUUUUUAUAUGGCAUAUUUCAAUGUUAAGCAUGCUCUGUGCGCUAGUGUCCAAUCUCUUGUGGAUCAGUGGGGGGAGGCGGUAUCUGGUAGAAAGUUUUCAUGCUGUCUUGUUAGGUCAAAUAGAUUUUGGCCUCUCGGUCACACAUUCUAAACCUUGUUACAAAUUCUUGUUUUAAGAAGGUUUAUUGUCAAGAAUAUAUUCUUUUGUAAUUAAGAGUUAUUGUGUAAUUAAGAGUUUUUGUUUAUAGUAUUUUAUUGUUGAUGCCUAAAUUUUUAAAUGUGUUCAUUUUUAUUGCUGUACUCCUGAAGCCUUAGUUCCGCAAGGCAUCCGGGUUUAAAGUAAGAGUACCCCUCUCCUAGAUGAAUUGCUUUACUAGGCUGACGAGAUCCAUCUGUCCGAAACUCCCUUUUUUUGUGGUGUCAGGUAUAUUGCUGAAGAAGUAGCGAAGAAUCUUACAACUAUUUGUAGGAGAACAUUGUGUUGUUAAAUUUGUCUACUUUUAAAAAUUGUCUUGCGUCCAUCUUCCACUGUUGAUGUAGUUUUUUUAAAAAAACAAAUAAAGAUUUUAAAUAAA